UCCCAAAACCAAAACGGAUUUACUUAUCCAACUUGUAACACUUCCCAAAGUCUUGCAUGUCUGCCAUGAAAUGGCUAAUGCAGAGAGGUCCACGUCUGUAUAGUACCCACCUGCCCUAUAAGACACCUGUACGGCACCAAUCCAGCUUUGUCACUUUGUCACUCUGUCUGUUGGUACUUGGUAGUAGCUAGCUUUUCUAUUCAGCCAUUACUAUCAAUCCUUCCUUUGGCUACUACCGAAGUCCUUUAAAUUUCUGUAUUUUAGAAAUCAGAUCAGAUCAAACUUCACUACAAUAGUGUUGAGUCUUCAACCUCAAGGUAGUUAUGAGAUGCCUUCUUCUUCCCCUCUCAUCAUCCUCAAGAUCCUUGCUUAUUCUGAGGCCCUUCACAUCACCAUCGUCACAAUCAUGUCCUCCUCUUAACCAGCUUGAGAGAUGUUUUGGUAGCAGCCGUGGGCAGGAGGCGCAGCAGAUGACUAGGGCGCCAUCGACAGCUGAAGAGUUCAAGAGAGUUGCAGAGGAGAAGCUGAGGGAACUCAGGGAAGCCGAGCAAAGCGUGGCCAGUCAGACCUUCGAGAAGACUUAUGAUGCUACCGAGGAGGCUGCUUUAGGUGACGGCAAACCUGAGUCCGUCAAGGAAAGGUACAAGCAUCAUGAACCGGGGGCCGAUUGUCGUAAGAGGACACAUGAUGAUGAUUAAGACAAUAGUUUCUUGCCCAUAUAAUCAGCGAGCUAGACUGAUUAUACUACCAAAGUCGAGGCACAUAUUUAUCUCAGAAUCUCAUAGUUCUGUAAUUUUCAUGAGACAACAGAGAGAUUAAGGUUAUAGCUAGUCCGAUUUGGAGGUCACUGAAACUAUGUGAUGUAUAACAAAGAAGUGGGUGGUCUUUUUAAUUAAACUUGUUUUGAUUUUCUGAGGAAUAAGACGUACUCUCGUGUAGUGUGUUUGAUGAAGAUCGAGCUAGGCUUUCAAUUAGAAAUAAGCCAUCUGUAAUAUUCUGGUUAUGAAGGUCGACAUGUACUGCUCUUAUCUUAAACAUUGCUAUAUAAGUGUGUUCAAUCUCAUUUGAUUGUUUGAACUUUGAAGAAA